UUCCCAUCAUCAACUCUCACAGCAACAAUGCCUUUCGCACAACUGGUAAUCGGUCCGCCUGGUGCGGGCAAGUCGACAUACUGCGAUGGCAUGCACCAGUUCCUUACAGCCGUCGGUCGCAAAUGCGCCGUCGUCAACCUCGAUCCCGCCAACGACAAGACCUCAUAUCCAUGCGCCCUGGACAUUCGCGACCUGGUCUCACUAGAAGAAGUCAUGGAACAGGAAGAGCUAGGCCCUAAUGGCGGUGUCAUGUAUGCGCUCGAGGAGCUGCAGGAGAACUUUGAGUGGCUCGACGAAGGCUUGAAAGAACUCAGCGACUCGUAUAUUCUCUUCGACUGCCCUGGCCAAGUCGAGCUAUUUACACAUCACAAUACAAUGCCCAACUUGUUCCACCGUCUUGAAAAGAUUGGCUUCAGACUAAUCGUUGUACAUCUGCUCGACUCCCUCACCCUUUCACGCCCUACCCUCUAUAUCUCAUCGCUACUGUUAUGUCUGCGUAGCAUGCUACAUCUACCCUUUCCGCUCGUCAACGUCUUGACCAAAAUCGACAAUCUCGCAAAGAACUCCGAACCACUACCCUUCAACCUCGACUACUAUACCGAAGUCCAGGAUCUAGACUACAUGUUGCCUUACCUCGAGGCCGAACAGAACAACACGACAGUACAAAACAUGGAUCAUCGCGCCGGAGGACAAGACUUUCCAAAACUGCCAGAGUCAAAGUUCACUGCACUCAACGAAGCUUUGAUCCAACUCAUUGGCGACUUUGGUCUCGUGGCUUUUGAGACUCUCGCUAUCGAAGAUAAAGUCUCAAUGACAAACCUGCUUCACGCCGUUGACAGGGCCAGCGGUUACGUUUUUGGCACAGACAAGGGCACAAACGACUCGGUCUGGCAGGUCGCCAUGCAAGAAGUCUGGGGAGGCAAGAUCGAUGUCCGAGAUGUCCAGGAACGCUGGAUCGACAGGCGCGAUGAGUUUGACGAAAUGGAGAGAAAGCAGAUGGAAGAUCAGAAGGCUGAAGAAGCGCGCCAGGCAGGCCAACCUGAGGUACGGCGUGUUCCAGAACAAGAGCCAUCGAAACGAGAAGACUCGCAAAAACCUGGCGGCGACGACGAAGACCUGGAAGCCAUGCAGGCUGCCUUCCUCAAGGAACAGGCGAAGAAGAAUGACAAUGGUAUAAAGACUAUCAGGAAAGACUAGGAAAUCUGGUCUGUAAUUUCAUAAUAGAGGCUGUGGUUAUUUACACGAAUGAAACACGAAAUCAUGACAAGUACAAAAAC